AUGCCCAAAUUUCUUUUAUCUUCAUCUUGUGAAAUCGCAAGCGUUGAGGUGGGACUGACAUCACCUGAUGCCUUCGGGGGAACAGAGGAGUUGCUGUCAUUAACCUUCACCGUCGUACAGGGUGGUAAACCGUGGUACACACCAAGUACACGCGGAAAAGCCCACCUUGCUGGUUAUGCAAAGCCACCUUGUGACUCCACCCACUGCCAUGGAAACUCACUUGUGGAUGAGUGCGAGUGUGCGGAUGUGGGGCGUGAGUGCGAGUGUGAGUCUGUGUGCGUGGGUUUGGGAAAGUGUGAGUUUGCCUGUGAAUGCGUAUUUGCAUGUGUGCGAGUGCUUGUGUUUGUGUCUUUUUCAGUGAAUGAGUGCAUUCGUCUGUGUAGCGCGUGUGGCCGCCUGUGUGCUGUCGCCGCGCUCCCCCGCCUCGCUGCGAUCGGCCGCAUCCCCGCGCGGGAGCAGAAGCGGCGGCAGGGGCCUCAGCGGGCGGAACGAGGGACGCGCUACCGGGGCGAGCGGGCUGCACCGCGGCUGCUGCUGCCGCGCCGACUUUGCCCUUUAAAUCGGUCUCCAAGCCGAUUACAGCUGAUCUCCCACGUGACGUUUUACCUUCUGUCUCCCCGAGCGAUUUGCCCGAGGACAGUCCUCCUCUGGCUGCCGCAGGGGCUCGGCUCCCGCAACUUUGGGCGAAGCGGUGGCCGGCCCGGGGGACCUCGCGGGCUACUCUCCACCCCGGCGGCGGGGGCUCCGGGGGCUUCCCUCAGCCCUGAGAGCGGUGGCCCCGGCCUAGAACGUGCGGGGGCCCCAGCCAGGCGCCCCUUGGGCCCAAGGGGUGCCGAGCCCCGGAGGCCCGCCGAGUGCCCUGAGCGCUGCGUGGUGAAAGGGGGCGCCCUUUCGCUAGCCGCGAACCCAGCGGACGCACCUUCGGGGGAGCGGGCCGCCUAUGCCGGCCAGGCAGGGAAGAGUGUGCGGUACAACGAGGGGCACGCCCUGUACCUGGCCUUCCUGGCGCGUAAGGAGGGCACCAAGCGCGGCUUCCUGAGCAAGAAGGCGGCUGAGGCGAGCCGCUGGCACGAGAAAUGGUUCGCCCUCUACCAGAAUGUGCUCUUCUACUUCGAGGGCGAGCAGAGCGGCCGCCCGGCGGGCAUGUACCUCCUGGAGGGCUGCAGCUGCGAGCGGGCGCCCGCGCCGCCCAGGAUGGGCGCUGGGCCGGCCGGCGCCCGGGACGCGCUGGACAAGCAGUAUUACUUUACUGUCCUUUUUGGCCAUGAAGGUCAGAAACCACUGGAGCUGCGCUGUGAGGAGGAGCAGGAUGGUAAAGAGUGGAUGGAGGCUAUUCAUCAGGCCAGUUACGCAGACAUUUUGAUUGAGAGGGAAGUGUUAACGCAGAAGUACAUUCAUCUAGUUCAGAUCGUAGAGACAGAAAAAAUUGCUGCUAACCAGCUUCGACAUCAACUUGAAGAUCAAGAUACAGAAAUCGAAAGGCUUAAAUCAGAGAUUAUUGCUCUUAAUAAAACCAAGGAACGAAUGCGACCUUACCAAAGCAACCAAGAAGAUGAGGAUCCAGACAUCAAAAAAAUUAAAAAGGUUCAGAGCUUCAUGCGAGGAUGGUUGUGCAGAAGGAAAUGGAAGACUAUCGUGCAGGAUUACAUUUGUUCUCCUCAUGCUGAAAGCAUGAGGAAGAGAAACCAGAUUGUGUUUACCAUGGUAGAGGCUGAGUCGGAGUAUGUUCACCAGCUCUGCAUCCUGGUCAAUGGCUUCCUCCGGCCCCUACGAAUGGCGGCCAGCUCCAAAAAGCCCCCCAUCAGCCAUGACGACGUCAGCAGUAUUUUUCUCAACAGUGAAACAAUUAUGUUUCUUCAUGAAAUAUUUCAUCAAGGACUAAAGGCAAGGAUAGCUAACUGGCCUACUUUAAUUUUAGCUGAUCUGUUUGACAUUUUGCUCCCCAUGUUGAACAUUUAUCAAGAAUUUGUGCGUAAUCACCAGUACAGCCUACAAGUACUUGCCAAUUGUAAGCAAAACAGAGAUUUUGACAAACUCUUAAAACAGUAUGAAGCCAACCCUGCCUGUGAGGGGAGGAUGCUGGAAACGUUUCUGACCUAUCCAAUGUUCCAGAUCCCCAGGUAUAUCAUCACACUUCAUGAACUUCUAGCUCAUACACCCCAUGAGCAUGUAGAGAGGAAGAGUCUGGAGUUUGCUAAAUCAAAACUAGAGGAACUGUCCAGGGUGAUGCAUGAUGAAGUGAGCGACACUGAGAACAUAAGGAAAAAUCUCGCCAUAGAAAGAAUGAUCGUUGAGGGUUGUGAUAUUUUGUUGGACACUAGCCAGACUUUCAUCCGUCAAGGUUCUCUUAUUCAAGUACCUUCCGUUGAGAGGGGGAAACUUAGUAAAGUGCGCCUGGGUUCAUUGUCUUUGAAAAAGGAAGGAGAAAGACAAUGCUUCUUAUUUACAAAACACUUUUUAAUUUGUACAAGAAGCUCAGGAGGAAAGCUGCAUCUGCUCAAGGCAGGUGGGGUUCUGUCUCUAAUAGAAUGUACAUUGAUUGAGGAGCCAGACGCAAGCGACGAUGACCCCAAAGGUUCUGGGCAAGUGUUUGGCCACCUGGAUUUUAAAAUAGUGGUGGAGCCCCCUGAUUCUGCCCCUUUCACUGUGGUCUUGCUGGCACCUUCGCGUCAGGAGAAGGCUGCCUGGACAAGUGACAUAAGUCAGUGUGUGGACAAUAUACGGUGUAAUGGUUUAAUGACUAUAGUGUUUGAAGAGAAUUCCAAAGUAACUGUGCCACAUAUGAUUAAGUCUGAUGCCCGACUACAUAAAGAUGACACUGACAUUUGCUUCAGUAAAACACUGAACUCCUGCAAGGUUCCCCAGAUCCGUUAUGCCAGCGUGGAGCGCCUCUUGGAGCGGCUGACAGACUUGAGGUUUCUCAGUAUAGAUUUCCUCAACACUUUUCUGCACACCUACCGGAUUUUCACUACAGCAGCUGUGGUGCUGGCGAAGCUUUCUGACAUAUACAAGAGGCCUUUCACCUCCAUCCCCGUGAGGUCAUUGGAAUUGUUUUUUGCUACCAGCCAGAACAACAGAGGUGAACACUUGGUGGAUGGAAAAUCCCCACGUCUGUGUCGCAAAUUCUCUUCUCCACCACCACUAGCUGUGUCUAGAACCUCCUCUCCUGUGAGAGCCAGAAAGCUGUCCUUGACUUCUCCCUUGAACUCAAAGAUAGGAGCAUUGGACCUGACCACUUCCUCGGCAUCCAGCAGUCCUACCACCACGCAUAGCCCUGCUGCGUCCCCACCGCCACACACUGGUAAAGUACCGUUGGAUCUUAGCAGAAGCCUUUCUUCUCCAGAACAAAGCCCGGGAUCUGUAAAAGAGAAUGUAGAUAACCCCCGCGUGGACCUGUGUAACAAGCUAAAACGAAGUAUUCAAAGAGCAGUCCUGGAGUCGGCACCAGUGGACCGAGCAGGAAUGGAAAGCUCCCCAGCUGCAGAUGCUGCAGAACUGUCACCCUGCAGAUCCCCCUCAACUCCUAGGCACCUCCGCUAUCGCCAGCCUGGAGGUGAGAACUCAGAAAGGGACUUAGAAAAAUCAAAAUGAGAAAUGACUUCUAAUUCCUUGGUAUUUCCUUU